UAGGAAUAUCAUGGUUGGUUCAUAUAACAAAAGUCAAAAUCUAGGAUGAUGAUUGAAUAAGUAUAUAUAAAGUCACAUAACCAUAAACCCCAAAAAAUCAAAGCCAUAAUUAAUUCCACAUUUUAAUUAGAAAGCUAACCAUGAUGGAAAAAGAGCAAGUGAGACCUCUAGCUCCGGCGACUGCUCGCGUCCAUAGCAACAAUGAUGAUGAAGAGACGGUGUUAAAGAAAACCAUUCGACGAAAGAAAUACAUCAAGUGGUGUGGUUGCUUGGUGGUCGUCAUAAUCCUCUUGGGCGUAGCGGUCCUAACCUUGGCCUUAACAAUCUUUAAGAUUGAUGAACCGGAGAUUAAGAUGAACGGUGUUAUUGUUGACAAUGUGAAUCUUAUUAAUGGCACCAUACCACGACCUGGAUCCAACAUUUCUUUGAUAGCAGAUAUAUCUGUUAAAAACCCAAAUUAUGCAUCUUUCAGGUACAAAAACACCACGACGAACCUCUACUACCAUGACACGGUUGUAGGGAUGGCACGAGGGCCACCGGGGCAGUCAAAGGCACGUCGAACAGCUAGGAUGAACAUAACCAUUGACAUCAUUGUUAAUCGUUUAUUGGAAAAUCCAAACUUGCAAAAUGAUUUGGGUACAGGGUUAUUGACCCUGAGCAGCUUCACAAGAGUUGGAGGCAGGGUAAAAUUUAUAAAUUUAAUUAAGAAACAUGUGACUGUGAAGAUGAAUUGCACCAUGAAAGUCAACAUCACUAGUAGAGCAAUUGAAGACCAGAAGUGUAAGAGAAAAGUCAAACUCUAGUGUAUUUAUUUAUAUUUGAACGGGUAUUAAUGCCUUUUCAUAUAUUUAUCUCUAGUUAGUUUAUAUUGUAUUGUAUAUCAGAUUAUCAGUAUAUGUUAUAGUGCAGUAUAAUAUAAAUGUAAACAAUAGCUAGAUAUUUUUUUUCA